AUGUUUCCUGCUCUUAGGCAAGGCUUCAGAUCCACUUCGCUGCGUGCUGCGCGUAGACCUGCUGUGUCUGCACCGUUUCGGGCGAGCCCCUUCGUGCGGACACUUGUGACCAAGAGGUACACUCAGGACCAUGAGGCCGUCGCGUUCGACGAUGCCACCAUGACUGGGACCGUGUACAUUACGGACUACGCACAGUCCAGUUUAGGUGACGUCGUUUUCGUAGAACUGCCCACAGAGGGGACGGAGGUUACCCAGGGCGAUCAAAUCGGGGCGGUGGAAAGCGUAAAGGCCGCUUCUGAUAUUUAUGCUCCAAUCUCGGGGACCGUAGAGGCAGUCAAUACAGGACUGGCUGACAAGCCAGGAUUGCUGAACCAAUCUCCUGAAGACAAGGGUUGGCUAUGCAAAAUUAAGGUCAAGGAUGCCGCCGAAAUUGACUCCCUUAUGGAAGAGGCAGCGUACAAGGCACACUGCGAGUCAUAG